AUGGCGUCUGCUGCAACAACAGCUGGCAUUACUGAUACCACUAGGGUUUCUGAAACUUUAGAAGUAUGUCUGACACUGAUGAAAGAAGAAGGUGAUGGUGACACUUUCAGCAAUGCAGUUGAAACUUUAUUCAAAAUUUUCAGCAAUGCAUAUAACAAUCCAAAAGAGGAAAAAUACAGAAGACUAAAGAAAAGCAAUAAAACAUUCCAUGACAAAGUGUGGCAGUACGAUGGUGCUCAACAGUUCAUGUUGGCUGUGGGGUGUAUCGAGAUGGAAGAUAGUGUGUUUUUGCCAAGUGAUGUAGAUUUCUCAUCAGCUCUUCAAAUAUUACAGCAGUACCACAGAUCUCAGUCUCAUCCUGCCACAGAAAACCACUCAGGGAUGUCCCCAGAACAGAAAGCAAAGUCCCAACAUCUUGAAAAAGAGCGACAGAAACACCUUGAACAGAUGAGAAGGAUGAAAGAAGAAAAGAAAAGAAUUUCAGAUCAGAUAAAAGCCGAUAGAAAAGAAAUUGAUACAAGAGAAACAAAAGCUUCACGAGCAAGAAACAUCACCAAAGGUGCCAACAUCAAAAGAUUUGAAGAUAUUGGAGUGGAUUUGAACAGGGGGGGAGGAUGAGGUUAAUAUUCCCAAGUUCUGGAAACUUGGACUCAAAGACUCACAGAAGAACAUAACCUGGUACCAGUCAAAAUGACAGCAGAUGCUACAACCUCUAGCAGAAGGCAGCGUCUACUUGAUCUGAUUGAAAACCACUUGUUCCUGUGAUCUCCCCUGUUUUAUUCCAUGUUGUGAUCUGUGGUUCUAUUUUUAUCUGCUGUGGGUUUUCUUUUUUCUUAUGUGUUCAGAAGGUUCAGUGAAGAAUUAUGAUCAACUAAAUUGCAGAUAUGGCAUUAAAAAUGUAAUUGUUGUUAUUAUCAAAAUAGCCCUGCAUUUUUGUAAAUACUACCAUUAUUUAUUUUUCCAGUUAUUUCACUUGCAUAUUAAAGGUAAGAUGCUCCUUUAUUAUAAUUGUCAUACAUGGGAAGGUUUGCCAGAAGAUAUUCAUGGGUUCUCCUGGGGCUCUGCCCAGUUUUCUGAAGUAUGGCAUAAAACUCCAAUCAAAUAAAUAAAUAAAUGUAUACAACUGCUGCUUUUGCACAGACGAGGGGGAAAAAUCAGUUUUGUAAUGCCCAUGAAAUGUCAAGUUUGACAGACAUUGCAACAGAUUUGUUGGAUAAAUUUUCGAUUCAUCAUUUGUGGAAUGUCAUGAAACAAAACACAAAAUUCUUAUACAUGUAUUGUAAUUACAUAAUCAGCAUAUUGUUAGACGUGAUUGAAAAUGUGUUGUUGAAAUAAGAAAAUGCUUUUUGAUAUCAAUGAAGGAAACUCAUUUGCAUUUAGGAUAGAGUUUAUUAUGCAAAUACCGUGUUUUUCGCUGUCAGUAAAUAAGGGCAGUUAAGAGAUUUAAGAUUAGAAUUAUUGAAUAGCAGUAAAGUGUUUUACUGGCACUGGUUUUUAGCCGAAAUAAGUUCAAAGUGCAUGGUCAGAUGGGAUGUUCUGUUUACUUUGAUAUAAAAAUUUCAUGAAGCUUAUGAAUUUGUCAUGAGCUGAUCGCAUCAGGAAGAUCAUCAUAACAGAACUUUUAUAAAACUACUUACAGUGUCAUCAUACUGUUUUCUUUGUUUUCUCUUUAUCAUGAAAAUGUAUAUUUAUGAUAAGUCAUGAAGUAUAGACAUUUGACCUGUUUUUUUUAAUGUUUUGCGGCCAGGUCUUUAAUUCUUGAAUAUUGUGUUUAGCAACUAUCAAAUAUAGUGAUUCCUUCAUGCGACAGACACAAAGCCCACUUUUGCUGGCUUUCUUGUGACUGUUUUUUAGGGUCAGUCAUGAGAUACAUGCAGGUGUACAGUGUCUUUUUAUGUGGGUUUUUCCCUCUGUUUUUGACUGAACUGGACAGUCUGUUGUCACAAGAAAGAAAUUGCCCUUGUCAGAUCUGAGAUCUAAAUUAUCUUCCCACAGAACAGUGUUCAUUGACGAGUAAUAUUGUGUGUUAAAUAAAUGUCCUUGCCAGAUCGGUGGUGUAAAUUAUCUUUCCACAGAACGCACUUCCUUGACAGGUGAUAUUGCCUGUUGUAUUUGGUCUACUGCAGGCUAUACUGCAGGUUUACAUUAGGCACUUCUAAAUGGUUUUGUCCCAUCAGAGAAAUAUUCCCAGUGUCAAACAACAGUCAGAAAAAUUAAAAUGACUAUAAAAUAGAAUGAUGGUAAAAUGUAGGAUUCAGCAAUUCAAACUGAUGUUUCUGUAGUUUUCCUCAAGUAGCAGAUUGUCAGUAUCAUGUAAUUUAUGUUGUCAUGCAAUGAUUAAUUUUUGAGUAGUCCCUGUUUGACAUGAAUUACAAAAGUUAAUGUAUGCACCACCAGUAAUGAACAUUGCCAUACAUUGGAUGUAGAAGGCUGUGAGGUAAACUUUGUAUAAAAUGGAUGCGUUUUAUUACAUUCUCAGCAAAAGCAGUUGUGAUAUCAAGAAAUCGUAGAAAGACAACACACAUAUAACCAAUAUGUUGGACACCCGCUUGACUUACUUUGUAACCCGGUCCGCCAGCAACCGAUGGAUAUGAAUUUCCUCUGGGCUCUGCCCGGUUUCCUCCCACCAUAAUAUUGGCCGCCGUCGUAUAAGUGAAAUAUUCUUGACUACGGCAUGAAACACCAAUCAAAUAAACUUUGUAACAGUUAUGAAAAUGAAACACCCUAAGGGUUACAUAUUUACGAGUCCUCAUGGCAUUACCGGUACAUUAUUGUUGUACACAUCACAGAAAAAGACUACAGAGAAACCUGGUUUUCAAACAUCGUCCGUCUUCAAAUACUCCUAUGUGAGCUUUCCGCUUGCAAAGCUAUCUGUAAGAUGGAAAUAUAUCUGGUAUAGUCGCUUUAAUAAAUAUACACAGU